GCUGUGAUAUUUGAUAAUAUUGAGUAAAAAAUCAUCUACAUCUAUACCUACAUUACAUUCCAUUCCAUCCCAAAAAACACUUAUGCAAGAUACUGCCAUACAAAGAGGUGAGACCACGUUUGGUUCACACCACAACCCGUCUCACGCGUCCGAAACAACACGUCAAGGAUUUCAGUCUUUAUCUGAACCAAGUACGCCCCUACCAUUGGGUCCACACACCAAACGCCACAGAAUGGCUUCUGGCCCCCCUGAUUAUAAGUUGUCAUCCGUAGACGAAAGUUUGGAUAUAACAAAUAAUGAAAAUGGAAUCGGCCCCCCUUUUGGAAUCGCCACAGAGUAUGAAUCACUUGUGAGCGUAGAAAACCAUCGUGAAAUACGACCAAGACUGUGGGCUAGAAUGGACCGUGGAUUUUUUCUUCAGGAUCUUGAGUGGACAUGCUACAGACGCAACUACUUCCAGGUCAGCGCAAGCUUUGACUUUGAAAAUGAGAUGCCCGAUGUUGAGUGUGUUGUCAAGUCAACCGGAGAGCAGAUAUUGUCAUUUUCUGUCAAUCUAUGGGCCCAUGUUACCGAAGGAGGUCGUCAUAUCGAACUUGUUCAACAUACACCAAAGCGCGACAAAGGACCUCAGCGCACUCCUCAACCCUGUACGAUCAGAGCAGGCGGUAACCUUGAUACAGGCGGAACUACUCUAGGAGCACCUCAUACCAUCCAGCCUGAUCUCGCACUCUUUGAACGUAUCCAGUUCAAGACUGCCACAGCUAAUAACGGAAAGCGACGUGCAGCUCAGCAGUAUUUCCGUCUUAAUGUCGAUCUCUUGGCAAACACAGCCACAGGAUCAAUUCGUGUAAUGUCAAUUGCUUCGGCUCCUCUUGUUGUCCGCGGCCGCAGUCCUGGUCACUAUGCAGAGCUCCAAGACAAAUCUAUCCAACCCACUCAACGCCAUCGUCAUCACCACCGUUAUAUGAGUUUGCCUAACCGCCCUAGUGAACCUUAUCCUUCAUUUGUGUCCUUUAUACCUCCUUCACAACACCUGACUCCACCGCACUCAAGAGUCGAUUCUUCGUCAUCUUCGCCCUUUUCAACUCUUCAAUCCCAGGCAUUUAAUCCUUUUUUGCCGGCUUAUGAUCCCCAAAGGCAACCUCUUAAUAACAGCAGAUUGCCUCUUCCACCACCUCCAGCAUCAUCAACACCAUCUCACAGGGAUGACAUGAACUAUCGGCAGAAUACAACUCCUUAUUACCCAAUUCAACAUCGUCAAGAAUAUAUUUCUCAUAAUUAUUAUUAUCAAGGACAACCACCGAACAUCAAAGAGUCAACAGAAGAAGAUCUCAAGAGUAUUAAACCUACUGCCUACUCUUCUUGA